AUGAGUUCAAAGCAUAAAUACUCAUUUGACCACCAAUCUUCUAUUCACGAGCCAGGAUAGGAUAACGAAAUGGAUUCUAGAUCAUUUGAAAUAAGUGAGCUUGGAGAAUCCAAAAAAGAUAAGCAAAUUGGGAGUAAAUUAAUGGCUGCAGAUUAAAAAUUGAAAUAAUCAUUAUAGGAAAUCGAAAACUGGUAGUAAGAAAGAAUAGUUAAUGAAUAGCAAAAGAAUUAAUUCUAUAAAAAUGAAAUAGAUAAUAUGAAAUAGGAAUUAAAUUAGCUUUAAAGCCCUCCAAGCACAAAAUAAAUGUCUAAUAAUUAGUUUUAAUAGUAGCAAUUAGGAUCUCCUUCUGAAGAUCCUUUUACAAGUACUGAAAGAAACUAAAUACACUACUAACACUAAUUAUAAAAUAUGUAUGAUUAAUAAACAAAUGUAAAUCCUAGAGUAUUUGAGUAUGAUUUAAAUAAAAAUAAUUAAGAUUUACAUAAUGACUUAGCUAUUAAAUAGUAUGAAUAGCAGUAGCUUAAUGAUCUUUACUAAUAAGCAAAUCAAUAUAGAUAACAAGCUCUAAACUCAAAUUACCACAACUAUAAUUAUGACCCAAAUAAUAAGCUAAAUUAUAGAAUUAACUAAGAAAAUGAUCAACUCAGACAAGAAAUCAAUUAAUUAAUCAAAUAAAAUGAGCAGACAUCACAUAUUAAUUAGCGAUUUGAAGUACCUGAAGAAAUAAGAAGAUACCAAGAAAAAUAAUUUAAUGAACAAAUAAAGUAGAAGUUUGAAAACGAAUAUUUAGACAAGAUUCUUAAUAAUCAGAGAUUUGUUGAAAAUAAUUAUGGUAGUGAUAAAGUAGCCAAAAAUACCUAUAAAGAGGAAAAACUUGAGCAGCUCGUAAAAUCAGUCAAGUCAAAAGUUAAUUAAAAUUUGAGAGAUCCAAUUAAAAAUUAAAAGCUGAACAGAUUUGAUCCAUAAAAGCUGAGUUAAAAACAGGUGAGCUUAAUCAAUCAAGAACAAGGCAAAAAAGACAUUUUGGUGAGAGGACCACGUGAUUAAUUAGAUUUGAAAAUUUUUGGGCAAAGAAGAGUAUGUAAGGAAUGCACAUUCCUUCUUUGUAAAGGUUUAUCUAGUUAAUACUGUUAAGACUGUGGAAAUUAUAAGGAAAAAAAACACCCAAGUAAUAUUUUACCUAAAAGAUUUAGUGGUGUUCUCUGA